UUUCAUUAUUCAUUCUAUAAUAAUGACAUUUAUUAUAUCAAUUUAAAUAUUAUUUUAAAAACAUGGAAAAUGAAUUGGAUAUCGAAGAUUCUUUGAAAAUUGCUUCUAAAGAAUGGAAUCGAAUUAUUAAUACUGCUACAAAGGAUGGUUAUAGAGAAGGAAUAGAAGAUGGAUCAAAUUCUGUUUUCCAAGAAAGUUUUAAUAACGGAUACAAAGAAGGUUUUCAAAUAGCUUUCAUUUUAGGAAAAUUUAAAAGUUUAUUAAACAUUAUUUCACGAGAUGUUGAACAUCCACAAAAUAUAAAUGAAAUUCUUGAUAAAAUUAAAAGGGGUAUAUGUUAUAUAUGUGUAACAGAAUUUCAGAAUAUAAAUGAUCAAAAAAUUUUUUCCGAAAUUAUAAAUGAACAGAGAUCAUAUUCAUUAAAAGUUCUUCAAACAUUGUAUCAAUAUUUUCAACCAUAUGUAAAGCAAUUAAAUAUUAGUGAAUCAGAUAUAUUAAAAAUCAAAAAUUUUUCAGAACUAAAAAAUAAUUAAUUUAACAUAUAAAGUUGUUUGUAUUUUUUAUUAGCAUGUAAAGCAUCAAGUUUGAAUCAUAAAUAAAAAACAUUAAUUAUAAUAUUUUUAUAAAUAUAAUCCUUCGGGAGAUCCUUCCUUUUUCCGAUACAAAACACUUUCUUUAGAUUUUUUGAAAUCAUCGCUAGUAACUUUCAUACGGCGUUCACGUAAUGCCA